AUGGCCAAAGGGGAGAAUUCAAAGAAGGCUGCCGGCAAUGCUAAAAAGGCCGAGGUUGCUGCCCAAAAACAAGCUGUCGAGAACCAGAAGAAGAGCCAGAAGGAAGCCGAAGAGUGGAACAAGGGCGCAAAGGACAGCUCUAAGGCUGCUGCUGCCGCCGACAAGAAAGCCGAAGCCGAGCGCAAGAAGGCUGAAAAAGCAGCUCUCCUCGCCGAAGAAGACGCCUCCCUCCCUGCCAAAAAGACCGGCAACGCCAAAACCGCCCCAAAGAAAUCCCGCGGUCUGGAUCUGUCUGGCCUCGACGGUCCCUCCUCGCUCUCCUCACUCUCGGCAACCGGUAUCGACAAUGCUCUCGACGCUCUGUCUCUGACCGCUGCCUCCUCAGACAAGGUCGACCGUCACCCCGAGCGUCGCUUCAAGGCCGCCUACACCCAGUACGAAGAACGCCGCUUGGAAGAGAUGAAGGAUGAGAAGGGCCUGCGCCGCCAGCAGAAGAUUGAGCAGAUUCGCAAGGAGUUUGAGAAGCAUCCCGAAAAUCCAUUCAACCAGGCCAAUGCUUCCUACAACAGCACGAGGGAGGACCUGCAAAACAUUCGUGAGGGUGAAAAGGCCAAGAUUGAGAAGAGAUUGGGUGGUCCUUGA